CCUCUCCUUCUCCCUUUUCAAUUUUCUGUUGUAGCUCUAUAUUUCUUUAGUAGUUUUGCGAUUAACGUUAACUCGUAAGUUUAUUUAGUAUUACUUUUUAUUAUUAUUUUUUAUUUUUAUGAAGAUAAAUGUCGCUACCAGACCGCUGCUUGAAGACCUCCAUCAAAUGUGCACUAACGUUACUUGCAUGGAUGGCACGAGAAGAGUUGAUCGUAUGGUGUACCGAUAUCCAAACAGAGAAAGUGGGUCAUUGUGGCAUGAGUAAUAUCUCAUAACCACUCAGAUGAGGUAGAUGCCAUGCUCAAAUUCAUGAGGUCCAACAAUCUUUCCAAAACCGAGAUGUUCGUUUACACCGAGCCGGUCGUAGGCGUUGGAGGUCAUUCUGGACACGGUCAAACAUCUGGUAUCCAUGGUGGGCGUGAAUUAUUAGCGAUCAUCCCUACCAAAGUUACCAUGAUCCUCAUUCAUAUUUUCAGUACCAAGAGCAAGGUGAAGGUCAUCAUCAAUAUUUCCCGUCAUACCAAGAAGAAGUUCAACCGGACCUCCCCAACCAACCUCAGUAUAACUUCCACUCAGGCAGCGGUAGUUUUCACAACUACCAUUAUGGAGCUGAUGAAGGUGCCUUUCAUGAGCUGGAUCAGAUGGAGGAUGCCCUGCUGAUAGGGCAAAAGCGUAUCGCUUCAAUUCCUAUCUUGUAGUAAACCGGAAAGUCCGGGUAUCGUCUCUCAGGGACUGGUACAACCUUAUAUUCUAUCAAAUUUAUGAGCAAACUAUAAGUGAAAAUGGUUUGAGAUAUAAACUAAAUUUCUAAAAGCAAAAUAAUUAAACUAAUUAAGCAAAGUAAACUUGUCGGGAGAAAUUCAAUGGGAGAAGCUCUGGGAGAAACACCGGGAUUCACUACCUAUCCUAUCCAGAUUAAUUCACAUACUCCAAUCAAUUUAAUCCAACUCUCUACAGCCAGGAUAUCACGAAUGUGCUAGCUAUCCCUGUCGGGAAUUACUACGUACUAAACAAUUAAAUCAAAUCCUACUGUCGUAGCUCAAUGACCUAAUUAUUUAGCCUGAAGAUCGAUAUCCUAUUUAAGACCGCAUAGCACCUUAUUUAAUCCACUGUCGCUUCGAUAAGUUACUAUGUCACAUGAAAUAGGUUCAGUUAUUAGGGUUUCACUGUCGCUAAUAACCUAAUUAACUACAAAUCGAUGUAUUGGUGGCCAGUCAACACAAAGCAUUAAGCAAUUCCAUGCAAUAGAGAUUGGAAGAAAAGAAUCAUAAAUCAAUCCAUCAAAUCAAGAAAUAGCUACAUCCUAUGGUGUUUCCCCCAGAAAUUGGGGUUUAGUUCAUGACGAAAUUAAGAUAAAUCGAUAGGGUUUUGUUCAUCAUGUUCUAAAACAACAAGAAACAACUAAUUAGGUUUAGAAAAUCCAACCAACUAAUCGCUCUCGUUGAACUCAGCUCAGGCCUUGCUCGAUCGCCAAUCUCAAUCGCACUGCUGCUCCGCUUUUACUUUCGUCCCUUUCUUUCUUCUCAAGAGAAUCCGUCCGCGCAUAAUUAAGUGCCGCCUUCUCCUCUUAAUAAUUUCGUUCCCCCCAGCCUAAUUCCCUGUCCGUCCCAAAAAACCAAAACCUCCCCUCAAAAGUCUCUGGCCCAAAACAAUAAAGUUCCUUGGCAAUUAAUUGCUUCCCGGUCCAAGAGAAUUUUCGUGUCCAAUUCCCCAGGUAAAGGACAACCGAGAUGGCCACCCAAAAUCCACUUCCAAGUCCAAUUCUUUUCCCCCAGCUCCGUUCGCCCUGCUCAAUUAGUCAAGCCCAUUCCGUCCCCUGGCCCAAAAAAUAUAAUUCCCCUGCUCCAAAUAUUGCUUCUUUUUCGUGUUUUCUCCACCUGCAUCAUAUCAAACUCAUGGCACUAGGCAGUAAUGGUUUUUCAACCAUUUCCGGGUUAGCGAGCCCUAAAAUAGCACCAAUUGGCUAAAACAUACCACGGAUAAUCACAUAAAGUCCAAAAAUUCAAUAUGUUAAAGCCGAUUAUCAGAACCCCACACUCAAUUGUUGCUUGUCCCUAAGCAACGACUCAAACAACACAAACACAAAACCAUCCAAAACAAUGACACACCACAGACUCAACACUCAUACAAAACAAAAUUUUCCUUGUACUCUUGUUGUAAUCAGUAGUUUCUUUCUCAACGAACAAGUUGUGCUUUAAUGAUCAUACCUUUCACCCCACACUCAAGGUCUUUGCAACCCUUAACCAUUGACUGACUCAAAUCCAUCCAAAAACUCAAAUAGCAACACUCAAUUUCGAUCGUCGGUAGUGGGUGGUUAACAACUUAUGGUGCAACAAUUAUUAGGAGAAUCUAACCACAUCAGUGAGGUGCAUAUCUCGUGAGGACAAUCUGGCUUACUCACACCAAUCAUAAGCAAUUAAUUAAGCAUGAGUCU